UCAACGCUGUUACUUACCCCCUUUCUACCAGUACUUUGACCGUCCUCAUCUUUGCUUUCUUCCCUUGUCGUAUUUGCUGUUGAUUCUGGUUUCGUUUUCUGGCAUUUUCUGACCGUGUUGUCGGGCGUGAGCCAUCAUGUCCACCUCUUUUAUUGGAAAAACCAUCUCCCUCAUCUCCCAUUCGGAUGUACGUUACCGUGGAGUUUUGGCCGGGAUAGACCCCGCUGCGGCGACCAUCCAGCUGUCUAAUGUUUAUUCUAUGGGCACUGAAUCACGACGGCCGCCAGCGGAUUUCAUCCCGCCAGUCCAGGAUCCAUACCAAUAUAUCAUCUUCCGAGCGUCUGAAGUGAAGGAUCUGUCGGUGGACGAGCAACCACCACCGCAGCAGAAUAUCCAUAAUGAUCCUGCCGUUCUGAACGCCGGCAGUGCUUACGCCGCGCCCUACCCACCUGCGCAAAAUUUCCAACAAUCCCCUCAACCCCCCGCACAACAACCCCAACAACGUGCUCCCCCUCCAAUCCAACAACAGCAGCAGCAGCAACCCCCGCAACCUCAACCGCAACCCCGUGGUUCCGCCGCUGCAGCUGCAGCCGCCGCAGCCGCCAACGGUGGAAGCCUCAACUCUGCCGCCGCCUCUUUACAGAGCGUCGAACGCGCGCUCGGUGAUCUCAGAGUCACGAACGGAGGCGGUCGUGGAAAUGCGAAUGGAGGAGGAAGGAGGCGUGGUGGACAGCCGGAGAUCAAGGCUGGGGAUCUGAGGGUUCCUGCGGCCGAUUUUGAUUUUCAGAGUUCGAACGCGAGGUUCGAUAAGGCUGCGUUGGCGGGUGGGGUGAGCGGUGCGACGGUGCUUAAGACUCCGAAAGUGAAGUCUCCGUCGCCGGGCGCUCAUGAUGACGAUGCGAAGACGAACCCGUCGGAUGAGUCGGAGGAUGAUGAGGAUGAUGAUGAAGAGACGAAGAAGAGGAAGGAGGCGGAGAAAGAGAGCGAGAAGGCGUAUAACCCGAAGGCGUCAUUCUUCGACUCGUUGUCUUCGUCGACGCAGGGACAGCAGGCACAGGGAGGCGGAGGGCAUGGAGGCGGACAUGGAGGAAGGGGAAGAGGCAGAGGAAUGGGUGGCAGAAAUAGGAGGGAGGAAGAGAGGGAGAGGAACGUGGCGACGUUUGGGGAGCCGGGUGGGUUGGGGCUUUUGGGUCCUGGUGGGUAUGUACCUGGAUGGGGCGGAUACGGGAGAAGAGGUGGUGGACAGGGACAGGGUGGCAGGGGAAGGAGGGGCGGAUACUAUGCUGGGAUUGGAGGUCGGUAAGAAGUCACCUGUGUGGAUGAUUCAUUUUGCUGGGUUUGAGAUUACGAUUCCCGCGAGGCUCUCGCAUGUUGACGUAUUGGAAUGUGAGGCUUGUACAUAUGGGUGGGAGGACAAGUAGCGGAUGACGAGCGACGCAGACGAGCAAGGAAGUAAUGUCGUGCCCUUUUGGUGGUUGUGUGGUCGGUCUGGUGGUUGUGGCGAAUCAUUUGUCCCUUUUUCUUUUUGUUGCUUUGCGACCGAUUCAUAUGAGGUCGAACACCC